UUUUCUCUUUUCCCCAUCAGGCUCAGGAUCUGAAUGUCAUCGAGGAGGUGAUCAGAAUGAUGUUGGAGAUUAUAAACUCCUGUCUGAGUAAUUCCCUCCAUCACAACCCGAACCUGCUGUACGCGCUGCUCUAUAAGCGAGAACUGUUCGAACAGUUUCGCUCGCAUCCCUCUUUCCAGGAUAUCAUGCAGAACCUUGACACGGUGAUUGGAUUCUUCAGCCAGCGACUGGAGCAGGCAGGAAGUGACCUAUCAGUGGAGAGAGUUCAAGAGGUCAUCAAGAAAGGUGCUGUGGCCCUCCCUAAAGACCGUCUGAAGUUAUUCCCGGAGCUGAAGUUUAAAUACGUGGAGGAAGAGCAGCCUGAGGAUUUCUUCAUCCCGUACGUCUGGUCUCUGGUCUUUAACUCUGGAGUCGGCCUGCACUGGAACUCUCAGGGCAUCGAGCUGUUCAGCAUGGACUCGCCCUGAUGGAGGACGCGGGACGUCUGUUCAGGUGUCUGUGUGUGUGUCUGUGUGUGUGUGUGCGCGCUCGUGCAGCUCAAGUGCCUACGUACGGCUCGCGCGUCGUCAUAUCCAAACCCUGAGCUUCCGUCCUCGUCACACCAUUCAAAGGGCAAAACAAACAUCCAGACACCCAGCGCCGGAUGCACUGGAUUCUGGGAAUGGUACGAUUUGGGGUUUCAGUCACAGGUCUGAUGUAGCUAAAACACUUCAGUUGAUGGUGAUAAUCAUUUGCUUGUUUUCUUGUUUCUGUUCAGAUGUAGGGAAAAUGAGUACAACCAAAACCUUUCUUGACUAAAGGUGAACGUUAAUAACACUUUGCGAAGAUGCUUUGACCCCAUUAAGAAUGAUUAUUAUUGAGCUGAUUAUUAUGCGCAGCUUCUUCACGUAUCACUAUAUAUAGUAAGUUACAAAUAAAUAAUAUUUGACCAUUUCUGGCUUGCUUUAUAUGUAAGAUGCUUUGCUUUUUUAAUAUUAAUUUAUUUAUUGCCACUAUGUUUUGUUCAUCGUACCCAUCUCUAUAAUCGAGCAUCUGCACAAAGAAAAACCAAAACCUUUAUUUAUAUACAUGUAUGUGUGUGUGUGUAUACAAACAUAUACAUACACCUAAGAAAGCAUAUUGAAUUUAAGUGAUUUUCUAAGCAUAAUAUGAAUACAAAUAUUUAGAUACUUGUGUAAUAAAAUACGCAACUUUCCCAUGUAAAUGCAGUUUAGUGUAUGAUUUAUGUACAUUAUAGAUUCAGAUAAUUGCAUGUACAUUAUUGUAUAGACAACUACACACCGCAUUUGGUGCAUUGCUGUUUGUUUCCCCAGUUUUUGUUUUCAUAUAUUUUAGGUAGAGAGAUGGACGAUCUUUCCCGUCGGAUUAAAUAAUGAAUAGACCCGACCGUAGGGCAGAUAUUUCCCAGCGCCCCGUUACUGGAGAUCAUUUUAGGUCUUAUUACGUCCCUGUUACAUUUACGUCACAAACUUAAAGCUUAAAGGGCCCGUAUGUUUAUGCUAUUUUUAUUAAUUUGUUCGGUUUCCUUUGGGGAUCUUUACAUGAACAUAUUUUUUUCUGUUGUUGGGUGAUUCUUUUUUUUUUACAUUAAAUUUUAUAUUUAAUGUUUAAUGUGUAUGAUUAUUUCCCCCUGUAUCUUGCAUAGCAUCUGUUUAUUUUAUUUUUAUUUUUUUACAUUAGCAUAUUUAUGUAAAAAGUAAUGAGAAAGAUUAUUAAAAAAAAAACUAAAAACAAAGAAAGAAUAUUACAUUUUGGUUUUACUGUAAGUUUAGGUUGUUGGAAAUGAAUUGAGUGUUUACACAUGUAAUGAAACUGGAUCAGGACUCACUUCUGUUUCAGAUAAACCGAUGAUUUAAAACAACAGCUUGGUUUGCAUCGUUGAGAAGUAUUGUUUGCAUUAGUUAUGAUUGUUCCAGAUUAAGUCUUUCUACAGUGUGAAAUACCACCAAUAAAAAUAACAAAUCUCCAGUUAUAA